GUGCGUAACUCGGUGGGGGCGCGUCCUCACCGGAAGUGCGUCACCCUGAAUCCAUUUUUGUUUUGGCUAAUCUGUCAGAGAUUUAGAGAAACUUGUGUCGUGUUUAACGUGUUGGAUUUACAGCGACAGUCCGCUUCAGAUCAGCGACAACAUUCUCCGGAGAAAAACUGGCCCGGCCGAUUCCCCCCAUCAUGCCCGCCCUGUUGGAGAGGCCCAAGCUGUCAAACGCUAUGGCACGUGCUCUACACAAACACAUCAUGAGAGAGAGAGAGAGAAAGAGACAGGAGGAAGAAGAGGUGGAUAAAAUGAUGGAGCAGAAGCUGAAGGAGGAGGAGGAAAGGAAGAGGAAGAAGGAAAUGGAGGAAAGGAUGUCUUUAGAGGAAACCAAAGAGCAGAUAAUGAAAAUGGGGGAGAAGCUUCAGGGUCUGCAGGAGGAGAAACACCAGCUGUUUCUGCAACUGAAAAAGGUUCUGCAUGAGGAAGAGAAACGGCGGAGGAAAGAACAGAGAAUGGAGAGAGAGAGAGAGAAUGUGUGUGUGUGUGUUUACAGUGACAUGACGACACUGACUUCAGCUACAUAUCAGCCUAACAUGGCCGUUCACUCAGGACAGCACCUGCUCAGCAUGCAGUCGGGGUCUGUGUCUCAUGCCCGGUCUGCAGUUCUGUUAGGAGAGCGCAGCAAGCAGCUUUUCCAGCCUCCUGUCAUUUCUGGUCGUCCUUUUCCGUCUCAGUCCAGUUUUGGUGCAGUUGUUCCUGAGCACACUCAGUUUGGUGUUCAGGCAGGUCAUGGGUCAUUCGGGGUCACACAGCCCCAACAUGCCACAGCCUUUAACCCCAGCCAAACAGCACCUGCCACCUACAGCAGUUCCGCCCACAUUCGAGGUGCAUCAGCAUUCCAGACCAUGCAAUACUUGCCCCAUCAGCAAACAGGCUACACUGUACAUACACACUUCACCUCCCAGCCAGGUUUUCUCCCCAGUGCUGCGAUACCCUUACAGAAGCAGUUGGAACAUGCUAACCAGCAGUCGGGCUUCACUGACUCUAGUGCAUUAAGGCCUAUGCACCCCCAGGCUCUCCAUGCCAGUGCUGCAGGUUUGCUGCCCACUCCCUCCAUUGCUGUGCAGAUCCCUCACACUAAGGCUGGCUUGCCAUAUGCGCCCCCACCCAGACCAGCAUCACCCGGAUCCUUCACACAACACCCGGCUACUUUUCCGAGCUCGUCUCAGCCACCACGCCAUGCCUACCUCUCUCACAGUCCGGCAGGGCAGAGGUUCUAUCACCAUGGCAAAUAAGUCAUAUGUUGGAUGUAGUGGAUGGUAUUUGGUCCCGGUUCAAUGACAUUGCUGCCCCAAUCCCCUCUUACACACCUACACACAGAGUACCACUUUUAAUGUAAAGAAUGUGUAUUUUUAUUUUCAGCACAGUCACAGUCUUGGUGCAGUGAGACAGUGAGGCAGUGUGUGUGUUUAUAUGUUUAUAUAUAAUUAUUUUUUUUUAUAUAUAUCUUUCUGUUAGUCUGAGUAGCAACUCUGUGUGGUGUGAAGUCAUACCUGUGAUGUCAUGAUUAGGGUCACAUGACAGUUUUGUGAAGACAUUGAAGGGCAAAUGCAACACCACUAUAACAUCUGAGUAGUGUAUUCUAUUCCUCUUUCUCUUCAGGAAUGGUUCAGUGUAUUAUCUGAUAGACAGAUGGUAGGAGAGACAGGAGUAUGGUAUGAACCUCUCUGUGGAGAAAUGGUUUAUUCCAAGAACUGCUAGAUUGAUGAAUGGUUAGUCUGAUCCUACUGUCGUACUUUGACCUGCUUACAUAAUGCAGUUAUAGACAACGUAUCAGUUUCUCCCCCAGUGUAGUUGUGUGUGGUCUGCAGGACGUGUGUUAGAUCAUCAGUCUGUUCUCACCUGAGAGACGUAGGGCACUUACAGAGAAGAUGGAGAAGUGAAUCUGUAUGAAGGUGCUACAUCUAUAUCUGUAACUAUGGCAGUGUGGACCAGAUCAUCUCUUACACCACUCCUGCAUUUCAUCAGCCUUGUGACAUCAGGGUGUGACGUCCUACAGAGGUUAUAAUGCAUGUUUCUGUCAGCAGGAUUUGGUCUGAAAACUAAAAUGUAUUUACACCUAAUUUAUUCAUCACGCUUCUCUAAUGUGCUCUUAAACCUUCACUGCUUUCUUUUCUGUAGAUUAAACCUUUAUAAUUAAAUUUGCUCUCAGGGCUUGUUGUGUAAAUAAACACACAAACACACACACAUGAGGGGGAAGAGUUAUUUUUCGUAACAAAAUUGCACUUAAAUUGUUAUGGAAAUAAACAAUUAUUAUGAAA